AUGCGACCGACUGCCAGGUGUGACUGCACGGUAAACUGCAAUGACGGGAGCGACGAGGCCGGCUGUGCUCCAGCUUGCGACCCCGCCGCCUGCAGGCUACCCGACUGCAAAUGCAGCAAUGCCGAGAUCCCAGGCGGAUUUCUUGCUAACGAGAUCCCACAGAUGGUGCUGAUUGGCUGGGACGAGACUCUGAGAGUAGAGGACUACAACCAUCUUCUGCAGCAGAUCUUGAAGAAGGUUAGCCAUGAGAGAAGGAGAGAGCCCAGACUCAAUUCCAAUGGUUGUCCAGCCGUUGCUACUUUCUUCACCAGCCAUCAGUUCACUGACUACGCUGCUGUACAGAGCCUGUAUUCUGAGGGACACGAAUUUGCUGCUCACUCUAUUUCCCAACAAAAAGCUGCCAGCUGAACAAUGGCACAGUAAGAAUGAAUUGUCAGCUGAGUACUCUGGCCAGAGAGUGAUGUUCAACAACCUCGCUGGCGUGCCACCAACGGCAGUGAAAGGCGUGCGCUCCGCGUACCUCCAGACAAAGGGCGCUGACAACGUAAUGCUGAUGCAGGAAGAAGGAUUUGCCUAUGAUUCAUCCUACCCCACGGACAAGAUGGACUCUCCUUACUGGCCGUACACCUUUGACUACCAGUCCAGCGCUGGCUGUGCCG